AUGGCGGCUAUUCUCCGAAACAUGCAAGUGACCAUGGAGAUUCUAUCUUGGCUUCCGCCCGAGACUCUGCUCGGUUUCAAGUCCGUUCACAAAUCUUGGUAUGCUCUAAUCAACGAUCCUAAAUUCAUAUUAAAGCAUUUUUCGAAUUCUCCUCAAUACAAUCACAUAUUUCUCAAGCGGAUUGUGGAGAUAGACUAUGAUAAAGAUAAAAGUAAGUUCUCCAUUCUCAAUUUUUCUCUUGAUCCAUACCUGUUCGUUCUGGAUAUAGAUUUAUCAGACUAUCAAUAUUCUCAAUAUUUUGAAAUUCAUGGCCAUUCUCACUGUAUGGUCUGCGUCGCCGAUGUUAUGAAUGUUUCGAAUGUUUUCCUUUGUAACCCAGCAACUAGAGAGUUUCGUAAACUCCCACCGUCCAUUUUUCCCGUUUGUACCAUCACUGAUGCCUCUCCCCGUCCUAUUUGUUACGAGUUGAUAAUGCAAGCCGUCAGAUUUGGGUACGAUGCAAAUUCCAGGGAUUUUAAAGUGGUUAGAGUUGUGGAUAUUGUUGGACUCCGUCGUGUAUAUCCGGUUCGAAAAGCAGAAAUGAGUUGUGGAUAUUGUUGGACUCGGUCGUGGAUAUCCGGUUUGAAAAGCAGAAAUUUACGAUUUAACAUGAGCAAUGAGAUUGAUGAUAAAAGGGAAAUUUUAAAUGGAUAG